AAACCAUUCGAUAUGGCUCUAUGUGUAUUCUACAUUUAUAUAAUCGUUUGCUGCAUAAUAACUAUUGAACAAUGAGUUACGUUGGUAUUUAUCUAUAAAGUUUGAUCUCAGAUAUUUGUACUCGUUAUUUAUGCUUCAUAAAUUAGCUGCAUGAUGAAUAUAAUGAACAAAUAAAAUAUUUAAAUAUAUUUAUAAAUAGUCACUAAUGAAGAUUUUAUUUCUAUAUUUAAUCUGAUUACAUCUGACUAUACUGAAGAUGAAAUAUCACGAGAUUCUGGAAACAUCGUAAUCUAAACAAAAUUAUUAUCUUGGAGAUUUUCAAAGACAAUCACAGACGUUAGCUUCGUUAUACGAUUGAGCAAAAUUACUUGAAUAAGCAAUAGCUGAUUUUAAGUGAAUGUUUUUAAGCUAAUGAAUCCAAUCAACUCUUUUGAAUUAUAAUAACUGACUAAGGAAAUGAUAUACAGAUUAAUCAUUCUUUGGCAUAAAUUCUACCCUAUACACAAGAUUGGACAGUGUCUUACUUUAAAAACAUUUCAAAAAAUUGAAAAACAUUACUUCCCACCACUAAGUAGAAAAACAAUGAAAAUUUUGUUGUCAGUUUUAUUAUUAUUAGAAUAUGUUAUACAUUUCUAUGAUAUUGUGGUAUUUGUACGAACUAAUGAUUGAUUUGUACAUGAUUGUACGUUGAUUACCAAUUUCAAA